AGGAGAUGGAAAAGAUGGGGGGUUAAAGAAACAAGACUCAACUACUCUCUACACAGAAGCGUUGAAUUCGUGUGCACCCAUCGGUUGAGAGGUGUUUGUUUUACAAACCCUUUUUUUCCAAUCAACCUCAUCGUUUGAUUUGCUACCGGUUGAUGCAAAUUUACGCCUAAACACGUAUGUUUGUCUAUGGAGUUGCACCAAAUUUGAAGCAGAAUGAUGGGGUCUGAUUCUCCGGCGAGUAGCCGCUCCGAUGGAAGAUCAAAUUACAGCCGUAUGUUGGACUACCCACUUGAUGAUUCCAAUGACGUUUACGGAAUUGGAGGAGCAAUGCUCCCUAUUUUCCUCAAUGAUCUACAACGCAACAACGAUCAGGAUUUAGUGGAAGUCACGUUGGAGCUAGAAGAUGAUUCAAUUAUCCUGUGCAGUGUCACUCCCACCGCCACCGCCAACAGCAAUUCCCAUCCCUUUCCUGUUUCUUCACAAUCACAAUCGCCGCCGGCCGCCACCUCCAGGCUUCGUCGGAAAUUUUCGUGGUUGACGUCGUCUUCGUCACGAGCUUCUUCAUCUGAUGCUAGUGUGGAUCGUGCCAUCCCAUCUCGGGAUGCUAGGAAAAUGAAAGCGAAAUUGAUUCGCACCAAAUCUAGCGCUCAACGAGCUUUAGGAGGUCUCAGGUUUAUUAGCAAAACCACAAAUGCCUCCGACGUCAGCGACCUGUGGAAAAACGUCGAGUCAAGGUUCGCAUGUCUCGCUAAACAUGACGGACUCCUAGCUAGAGAAGAUUUCGCCGAAUGUAUAGGAAUGGCGGACUCAAAAGAGUUUGCCUUGGGAGUAUUCGAUGCAUUGGCAAGAAGACGACAGCAGAAACUGGGGAAAAUUACGAAAGCAGAGCUUUACGAGUUUUGGUUACAGAUUUCAGACCAGAGCUUCGAUGCUCGUCUGCAGAUCUUCUUUGACAUGGCUGACAGCAACGAAGAUGGAAGGAUCACAAGGGAUGAGAUUCAGGAGCUCCUAGUGCUUAGUGCUGCUGCCAACAGAUUAUCAAAGUUGAAAGAACAAGCAGAGGAAUACGCUUCUUUAAUUAUGGAAGAAUUAGACCCUGAAAAUCUUGGUUAUAUAGAGUUAUGGCAGUUGGAAACGCUUCUACUACAAAGGGAAGCAUACAUGAACUACAGUAGACCGUUGAGCAUAGCUAGUGGAGGUUGGAGUCAAAACUUGAAUUCGUUAAAGCCAAAAAGCAUCAUCCAUCGGGUAGCUCAUUUUGUUAGGUGGGUCAUGAUAGAGAACGGGCAAAGAACUUGGGUCUUGAUGCUCUGGUUCUUAACAAUGGCGUGUCUCUUUAUAUGGAAAUUUAAACAAUAUAAAAACAAAGCAGCGUUUCAAGUAAUGGGAUAUUGUUUGACUACUGCAAAAGGCGCUGCCGAGACCCUGAAACUCAAUAUGGCUCUCAUCCUUCUACCCGUUUGUCGAAACAUGCUAACAUUCCUCAGAUCUACACGCGCCAGAUUCUUCAUCCCCUUCGAUGACAAUAUCAACUUUCACAAGAUGAUUGCGUUUGCGAUAGCGAUUGGAAUCGUCGUUCAUGUCGGGAACCAUAUGGUCUGUGAUUUCCCUCGUUUGGUGAACUCUUCGCCGGAAAAAUUCGCACUUAUAGCUUCCGAUUUCCAUAAUGAAAAACCAACAUACAAGGAUUUGAUGGUUGGAGUGGAAGGUGUGACCGGAAUUACUAUGUUGAUACUCAUGACCUUCGCCUUCACACUUGCUUCAAAAUAUUUCAGGAAGAAUUUAGUAAAACUGCCUUCACCAUUGAACCGAUUGACAGGGUUUAAUGCUUUUUGGUUUUCACAUCAUCUUUUUGGUUUGGUGUAUAUAUUGCUUUUGAUUCAUGGAUCCUUCUUGUUCUUGGUUCACAAAUGGACUCAGAAAACGACGUGGAUGUACAUUUCUGUCCCUCUGAUUAUAUACUUGUUAGAGAGGAGUCUGAGGACAGGAAGGUCAGAACACUACUCUGCUAAAAUCAUAAAGGUUUCCAAUCUACCAGGAGAUGUAUUCACCAUAAUCAUGGCCAAACCAAAUGGAUUCAAAUACAGAAGUGGCCAGUAUAUAUUCCUUCAAUGCCCUUCAAUCUCUCCAUUUGAAUGGCAUCCAUUUUCAAUUACGUCAUCACCUGGAGAUGAUUACCUAAGUGUUCAUAUCCGGACAGUAGGUGACUGGACACAAGAACUCAAGCAAGUUUUAAACAAUGACAACGGUUCACCAUGUACAAUUGGCCGAGCAAAAUUCAAGAAGUUAGGGGAUGUCAACUCAAAAGGGUUACCGAGGCUAUUGUUAGAUGGACCUUACGGUGCACCAGCGCAGGACUACAGGAACUAUGAUGUGUUGCUUCUUGUGGGGCUAGGAAUUGGAGCAACUCCAUUCAUAAGUAUUCUUAGAGAUCUUUUAAACCACAAUCGUGCAGUUGAUGAUCAAAUGGAUUCAAACACGGAGACAAGUAUAUCGGGGGAUAGUCUUACGAGUCUUGCAUCUUCAAGUAUGGCAUCAUCAAGUGAUAAUAAAAAGAAAUCAAAAAAGGCGAAAGUUGCAAACUUUUAUUGGGUUACAAGAGAAUCCGGAUCAUUUGAAUGGUUCAAAGGAGUUAUGGAUGAAGUUGCUGAAAUGGAUCAUAAAGGUCAAAUUGAGAUGCAUAAUUAUCUUACAAGUGUUUAUGAAGAAGGUGAUGCAAGGUCAACUCUAAUCACUAUGGUUCAAGCACUUACUCAUGCUAAACAUGGGGUUGACAUCCUAUCUGGCACCCGAGUAAGAACACAUUUUGCAAGGCCGAAUUGGAGAGAGGUGUUUAGUAAGGUUGCAUCAAAACAUCCGAAUUCAACCGUAGGGGUGUUUUACUGUGGGAUGCCGGUGUUGGCUAAGGAGUUGAAGAAACUGUCAUAUGAAAUGAGCCACAAGACAUCAACACGAUUUGAAUUUCACAAGGAGUAUUUCUAAAAUAAAAAAAUAAAAAAUAAAAAAAAUUUGUUAUGGGUACUUAUAUACAUGUAUACAUAUAUACCUAUUAUAAUGAAUUAUAAGUAACAACAGUAUGUAAAUGUGUACUAUAUAUACAAAAGCUAGUGUAGGACCACCUGUAUAAUCAAGAGAAUAUGGAGUCCCUCCGAUUAGUCGUAAAAGGAUUUUAAACAA